AUGAGUGUAUGUUACCUUGCUCAAGCACUACCAACGUCUCCAUUGGGUCAAGAACCUCGCUUCGGAAUGAGUGAGACGGCUCAAUCGUCGUCCUCUUCUGUGACCAUCGAACCACCGGAUUCAAUUUUCUCGCAAGGAGAAACUUUGGAUUCAUCGCAAGCCCCCUGGUGGCAAAGAACAAUCCUAACCAAGGAUAAGGUAUUGUUUGGUACUUGGGAUGGAGUCUUUGCCACUGUCAUGGUCAACAUCUUCGGAAUCAUUGUAUUCCUUCGUCUUGGAUGGAUUGUUGGAACUGCAGGAGUAGCUAACUCAAUUCUUCUUCUUGGAAUAUGCACUUCUCUUGCUCUCAUCACUGUUUUCUCAGCUAUUGGAAUUGUGGAGAGAUGUCAGAUCAAGUCUGGUGGAAUCUACUUCUUGGUAUCACAUGUACUUGGCCAUCAACUUGGAGGUGCCGUCGGAAUAAUCUAUGCAUUUGGACAAGCUGUUGCCACUGGACUGGUUGCUGUCGGAUUCGGAGAGUCUGUUGCUCAUUUGUUUGAAUCGGAAAGCAAAGUUCUGAUCAAAGCGAUUGCGAUUCUUACACUCAUGGUUCUUACAGCUGUGAAUACUGCUGGUGUCACCUGGGUUGUCCGUCUCCAAAUCGUCCUUCUCCUAACCAUCGCUCUCGCUGUCACCGACUUUAUCUUCGGAGCACUACUCACCAGUCAACCCGAAUCUGGAGUUUUCCGCUUCUCAUCUGCCCGCAUUCGUGUGAAUGCAGAAUCUCACUAUGAAGCUGUCAACUGCUCGGCCGUCGGUAUUCCACGUCAGAUUCCCGAACAAUCCUUCUUCACCGUUUUCGGAGUCUUCUUCGCCAACUUCCUUGGAGUAUUGGCUGGUGUGAAUAUGAGCGGAGAUCUUAAAGAUCCACAUAAGAGUAUUCCACUUGGAGAACUAUCGGCUGUCGGUGUUAGCUCUACGAUCUGUUUUGUUUUUAUUAUGGUUCUCGGUGGGGUUGGUGAUCGGAUGUCUCUGCUUUGCGAUGUUAUGAUCUCGGAAAAGGUUGCAUUGACUGGAAUCGUUUUUCUCGUGGGACUCUAUGUAUGUUCACUCUCUUCUACUGUCGGAUCUCUGUUAGGAACUCCACGAGUGUUACAAGGAAUCGCUGAGGAAGGAAUCAUUCCAUGCUUGAAUGUUCUUGCAAGAGGGGUUGGUCCAAAUGAUAACCCUGUACUUGCUGGAUAUCUUCUCAUGGGCGUAGCAUCUUUGUUCGUAUUGUUGGGUGAUUUGAAUCAAUUAGCUAUUCUCUCUACAAUGCCUUUCUUGAUAACGUAUGCCUAUGUGAACUAUUCCUAUGUGUCUCUCGCCAUGAGCUACGAUCUUGCCACUGUUCAACACGCAUCCGAGGUAGAAACUGUUGGAUAUGGUUCGACAACAAAGAUGAAUGAUUUGAACGAACUAUUUCCUGAACGACGCGAUGUCAAUAUCACAAGCACAGAAGAAACUGAAACCGGAAUUAUAACUCAAGAAGCGACUUGGUAUUCUAUGUUCAGCAACAGAUAUGUUUCGUUUUUAGGAUUCCUGGUGAAUUUGGCUAUUCUUCUAUUGAUCCACUUCUGGUUCGCAGUUGCCCACUUCGUAGCUCUGAUUGCCUUGUACUGGUACAUAGGAAGAGUUUGCCCAACCUGUGGACCCGGAAUUUCUAAUUUCUCUCUUUGUCACAUGUUCAAAACUGUCUUCUUAUCAAUUGACGCUUUAAGAUCAACUGCCACAACAAUAUUGCCACAGACUGCAUUUACUAGCGACGUAUCGACUUCACAGCAGAACGAAACUAAUCCAGAUUAUCAAGACCGUCGUCAUUAUCAUCACUCGGAGAAUGUCACUCAUCAAUUAGAUUAG